AUGAAUCACUAUUAUCAUAUCACUACUAAUCAAUACACUACAUUUGGUAUUAACUUCAACAGUUCAAUGAAUGAGGGCCUCGUGGCGUUGGGUUUAUUUGGGGACUGCAAUGAUCGGGAUAUCAGGUUCGAGUCCCGUUCGGCUGGACUCUGCCUCUGCUUUGAGGAGCAUGGUGGAGGCCAAGUGCUUAAGCUGUACAUGGACGUUUCUAUCUGCAUCUAA